AUGGCCCGCGACGGUGUUGCGCUCAGCGCUCCGGUGGACCGAUCUUAUUCUCGUGGCAGCUCGCCGCUUGCCGAAAGGGCAAUUGCCCGUGACCUGGAGCAAUACGCUGACGGUACGGAUUCGGCUUCCACGGCUGACGAUGAGGCUUCCGAGAAUUCAACAAUCCGUCCCGUACGUAGCCAGCCGGGCACCGCUCCGCACUCAUUAGCUGGCUCUUAUCAGCGUCCAAGCUUCUUCACUACCGUAUCGCAUGCGACAGUCGUUCCAUAUCCGUACCAGCCGGAGAAUAGUGAGAGACUGACUUGGAGGGAGCGGGAGCAGGCGAUUGAAGAUGAGAGGGAAUUGCUGACCGAUAACCACUUCCUUGACCCGGCUACGUCAACUCGAUCUCGAAGAGGGUCGCGCGCUCCUGCAGAUGAAACCACUUCUUUGCUGGCUAGACGGCGGAGCUCCGGGCAUAGUGCCGCCAAUGCUGAAGACAUUGAUCGGAAAUGGGAAGAAGCCGUCAUUGCAGGAUUGAUUCAUACGACAUGGAGACGUGAAGCUAUUGUUAUCGGGAAAAACGCGGCGCCUCUAGUGGUCACGUUUCUGCUUCAGUAUUCUUUAACUGUAGCUAGCAUCUUUACCCUUGGCCAUUUGGGUAAGACGGAGCUGGGUGCGGUUAGUCUUGCGAGUAUGAGCGCGAGCAUAACAGGCUAUGCAGUCUAUCAAGGUCUGGCGACAAGUUUGGACACGCUUUGUGCUCAAGCAUAUGGCUCUGGGAAGAAAAAGCUCGUGGGGCUGCAGAUGCAGAGAAUGAUUUUUUUUUUAUGGGUCAUCACCAUCCCAAUUGCUUUGCUCUGGUUCUUUGCCGAUAAGAUCCUACUAAAAAUUGUGCCGGAAAGGGAGGUCGCUGAGCUGGCGGGUCUGUAUCUGAAAGUGGUUAUUCUGGGAGCUCCGGGAUACGCUGCUUUCGAGAGUGGCAAACGAUAUGUUCAAGCGCAGGGGAUUUUUUCAGCGUCUCUAUAUGUACUGCUGAUAUGCGCCCCGCUCAAUGCAUUUAUGAACUGGCUCUUCGUCUGGCAAUUCGGCUGGGGAUUUAUUGGCGCUCCUAUUGCCGUAGCAAUCACGGACAACCUCAUGCCCCUAUUCCUCUUCCUUUAUGUUUAUCUCGUCGACGGCUCAGAAUGCUGGAACGGCUUAACGAGACGCGCCCUCAACAACUGGGGCCCAAUGAUUCGACUUGCCCUCCCUGGUCUCCUGAUGGUCGAGGCCGAAUGCCUCGCCUUCGAAGUCUUAACUCUAGGCUCAUCCUACCUCGGCACCACCCCUCUAGCUGCUCAGUCUGUCUUAGCCACUGUAUCUUCGAUCACCUUCCAGAUUCCCUUCACGCUUUCCAUAUCCUCCAGCACCCGCGUCGCUAACCUAAUUGGCGCCACCCUCGUCGACGCGGCCAAAACAACAGCCAAGGUCGCAAUGUGUGGCGCCGUCCUUGUCGGCCUCCUUAACAUGGUCCUCAUCUCCUCGUUGCGGUACUACAUACCCCGACUCUUCACGUCGGAAGUCGAAGUUAUUGAGCUCGUCGCGCACGUCCUCCCCUUCUGUGCAGCGUUCCAGCUCUUCGACGCCCUUGCCACAAACUGUAACGGGAUCCUGCGCGGGCUUGGAAGGCAGGAGAUUGGAGGCUAUGUCCAGCUUUUCUGCUACUAUGCCAUUGCAAUGCCGAUUAGUUUUGGCACGGCAUUUGGUCUUCAUUGGGGUCUGUUCGGGCUGUGGAGUGGGGUUGCUAUCGCGCUUUGCUUGGUAAGUGGGAUUGAGGCGGUGUUCUUGACGCAGACGGAUUGGAAUCGGUCUGUUGAAGAUGCUGUUAGGAGGAAUGCGGCAGCAUAG